AUCAGAGCACUAGUUAGCUGGCCAGACUGCAACCUCUGUGAAGGAGACCAUACCAAGUGGGAAUUGGAGACACAAGUGGAUUGGGUUAAAAUAAACCAAGAAGUUUUUGUCUUUCAAUACUAAAGGGAUCCAGGGAAAGUUUUAUUUCUUUGCUCAUUCUUCCCUAGUGGUGCCUGCGCUAUAGUUUUGGAAACAUGUGUUGUGGAGGGUGUGCAAAAUGCCUGGGAGGUACUCUCAUUCCUCUGGCUGUGCUAUGUACCCUUGCUAAUAUUUUGUUGUUUUUCCCUGGAGGAGAGAUCGUAGCCAAGGACCAUAUUUCAGAUGAAGUUUGGUUCUUUGGAGGGAUCUUGGGUUCUGGUGUACUGAUGGUGUUUCCUGCUUUGGUCUUUCUGGGUCUUAAGAAUAACGAUUGCUGCGGGUGCUGUGGUAACGAAGGUUGUGGAAAGAGGUUUGCGAUGUUUACUUCCGUAAUAUUUGCGGCAGUUGGAGUUGUGGGCGCUGGAUACAGCUUUGUUGUGUCGGCUGUUGCCAUGAACAAAGGCCCUAAGUGUCAGCUAGCAAACAGCACCUGGAUGUAUCCAUUUGAGAACGGGGACUAUCUGACGAACCAUAAGUUAUGGGAAGACUGCAAGUCUCCAGAGUCCAUUGUGCCCUGGAACUUGACUCUAUUCUCUCUACUGCUGAUAAUGAGCGGAGCUCAGUUGGUGCUGUGUGGCAUCCAAGUUAUCAACGGACUCCUUGGAACGCUGUGCGGGGACUGUAAAUGCGGAUGCUGUGGGGGAGAUGGAGCAGUUUAAAUAUAGAGACUGCAGAAAUCAGCUCUUACAAGGCCGAAAAUGCUCUGCCAGACCUUGAUAUGGUGGGCCAAGUCAAGUACACACUAAGCACAUCUAGAAUGAAGGGCGUUAGGAAGAGCCCUAAUGGCAUUUUUCCCUUCACAUCUCCCGGUGCGUUUUGCAACUGUUUGGGCUAUAUAGCAGGGGUGAGAAGAAAAUGUCCAGCCCAAGGACCUCGCUCCCUUUUGGCCAACCCUACCAAACCACACACACAUGCAGGCAGACACAUCAGUUGUCUGCCCCACCCUAAAAAGACAUUUUAGCCUUUGUCAGUUCUCAUUGCUGGACCCAUGGCAGAAAUCUUUUUGGAGACUGCAGCUGGGGAAAGAGGUUUAAUCUUUUGCAGCUGCCCCCAACUAUGCCCUCCAUACUGCAAGAAGGCUUUGUCCAAGCCUAACUGCAGUGAGGGAGAGGCAGUGGGAACAACGGGU